ACACAAUUCCUGGAAGCUGAAAGUGUCCCAGUUCUUCCAUGCCCUGCAUACUCAGAAAUGUCACCCAUUGAGCAUGUUUUGGAUACUCUGGAUCAACGUGUACGACAGCAUGUUCCAGUUCCGGAUAAUAUCCAGCAAGAGGAGUGGGACAACAUUCCACAUGCUAUGUUCAACAGCCUGAUCAACUACGUGAAGGAGCUGUCGCGCUGCAUGAGGCAAAUGGUGGUCACACCAGAUACUGACUGGUUUUCUGAUCCAAGCCCCUAACUUUUUUUUUUAAGGUAUCUGUGACCAACAUAUGUAUGUCUGUAUUCUCAGUCAUGUGAAAUCCAUAGAUUAAGGCUUAAUUUAUUUAUUUCAAUUGACUGAUUCCCUUGUGACUUAUCAUCACAAUCUUAGAAGUUGUUGCAUGUUGCAUUUCUAUUUUUGUUCAGUGUAUACAGGAACCAUGUUUUGGUUCCUACACAAAAUGUGGUUCCAGGGAAAUAAUACAAGGACGGUUUCUUCCUUGGAGUUUACAGGAAAUUGCGUAUAAGCAUCACAAACAUGGCGACUUACAGGCAGGUCGGGAGGUUGUUGGGUAUUUCUGCAAGAAUUUCAAGUCCGCUUGCUGUGCGUGCAUAUCAGUUUGCUGGACUGCAUUGGACUCCACACAACAUUGGUGUUAACAGGAGAUGGUCACUGCCACCAUUUUCAGUUGUAUCUGCAAGGACCAUGUUUAUUCAGACCCAGGACACUCCCAACCCAAACAGCUUGAAAUUUCUGCCUGGUCGCAUGGUCCUUGAACAAGGAACGAUGGAUUUUACUGCACCCCGUGAAGCCUAUUGCUCCCCCCUCGCAAGGCAGCUAUUUAGAAUCGACGGUGUCAAGGGUGUCUUUUUGGGUCCUGACUUCAUAACCAUAACCAAGACAGAUGUAGAUCUGGAAUGGAAGUUAAUCAAACCUGAUGUGUUUGCUGCCAUUAUGGACUUCUUCACAUCUGGACUCCCUGUUGUCAAUGAGGAGGACACCCCUCGUGCAGAUACAGCACCAUCAGAUGAUGAUGAUGAGGUGAUUGCUAUGAUCAAAGAGCUUCUGGACACUCGAAUCAGGCCAACAGUGCAGGAGGAUGGUGGAGAUGUCCUUUAUUGUGGCUUUGAGGAUGGCAUUGUAAAGCUGAAGCUGCAGGGCUCCUGCACCAGUUGCCCCAGCUCCAUGGUCACUCUGAAGAGUGGCAUCCAGAAUAUGUUGCAGUUCUAUGUCCCUGAAGUGGAAGGGGUGGAGCAGGUGAAGGAUGAGCAAGAGGAGGUUGCACAAGGCUGAGUCCAAUGGAAACUACUCAGACCCUAUAGACAUUCCUCUUACCCUCUCCCCUCCUGCAGCCACUCCUGACUCCAGUAUAGCUGAUUAAUCCGCAUCGUAGAGGCUUGUCUAAAGCACAGCAGUGACGAAGGAAGAACUUCGCUGUUAUUUUGAGAGAUUUGUCAUUGGACUUCAUAAGUUCCCAGAGAUUGUCAGCUGUCAACCUUUCUGGCUAUGGGACUCGGUGUGUAAGAGAGGACCCCACCUUGUCUGAAGUAGUGUCCUUGUCCUGCUGUUUUUUUGGGGGGGGGGGAAGGAUUCCAGGCUGAUGGAGUCCACAAACUUUUGUCUGACAAUGUAUUUAUUGCAGUAUCUCAUAUUAUCACACCAUAUAACUCAGUAAGUAUUGGUUAUUAAAAAAACAACUCCAUCUAUAUACAGCACAAAUGUGCAGACUGUAUAAUGUAAAUAAAGUACAUUGAAUUAAGUUUAUGAAAUUAUUUUAUAGAAUUCCCUGAAUAUUGGCUACCAAACCCUUUGUCAAUCUGACGGGAAAAAGUGCACAUGUUGCACGGAUAGAGGAUACUCCUUUUGCCAUUUAUGGUCUGGAGGAAAGCUUGAGUUUGCAUUGCUUUCUAAGUCUGUUAUUGUACAUUUAAAUAAGUGAUUAAAGACAAUUUAUACAUU